AUGCAAGAUCUAAAUUUCACUUCUAAACCGGAACUAAUGAAAGACCUAAAUUUCAUUUCUAAACUGGAACUAACGCAAGAUCUAAAUUUCACUUCUAAACCGGAACUUAUGCAAGAUCUAAAUUUCACUUCUAAACCGGAACUAAUGAAAGAUCUAAAUUUCAUUUCUAAACCGGAACUAAUGCAAGAUCUAAAUUUCACUUCUAAACCGGAACAAAUGCAAGAUCUAAAUUUCACUUCUAAACCGGAACAAAUGCAAGAUCUAAAUUUCACUUCUAAACCGGAACUAAUGCAAGAUCUAAAUUUCACUUCUAAACCGGAACUUAUGCAAGAUCUAAAUUUCACUUCUAAACCGGAACUAGCGCAAGAUCUAAAUUUCACUUCUAAACCGGAACAAAUGCAAGAUCUAGACUUCACUUCUAAACCGGAAAUAAUGCAAGAUCUAAAUUUCAAGUACGGAAUAAAUUAA